CGCAAGAGCCAAGCUUCGGUCGCAGUGGCUCAGGACUAACAAGGGAACCUGCACUCAUGUCACAAGCUUAAGAAAGAGCUCAUGGACAAGAACAAAAGAAUGCGGUCAACUUCUAUAUCCUUUGUGCAAAGGAUGCCUCGGGUGAAGUCCAUUGGCAGAAUUUAUAUAAGGGUUUGCAUCGGGUUUCACUGGCAGUAAAGGGAAGGUAUGAGGCAUUCCAGAAAAUAGAGGAUGCUCCGAGGGCUACCAAAGCUGGCAAUUCUUUACUGGAGACACUAGGUAUAAUUGAAGGUUCUCUUUCUGAAGAUGAUGGAAAUGGAUAUGAGUAUAUCAAUGGUGGACACCUGUUGACAACCUACACUGCUAAACCUUCUUCUUCAGUUGCUACCUUGAUAGUGGCCAAUACUGAAGGAUUGUGGAAAAGGUCAAACCGCUGCUUACUUGUAAACCUAUUGGUUGGUAAAGGUGAUACGCUUGAGUCAUUUGUUACUAAUGGAGAGCCCUUGCAAACAGCUAUGCCAUCAGAGAAUGAGGAAUCAAGGUUGGUAAAUAGCAAGUGAAGUUUUGGAAGGGCUGCAUAAGUUUGAUGGCUUCAGAUUUGAUGAUAAAAUUCCUGUGAAGUAUGUCCGAAAAGGUGUGGGGGUAAGAGCUACUGGAACCUGGAAGGAAAAGGUUGGUUAUAUUACUGGUGGAUUCCUUGACAUCUUCCUGGUGCUUGACAAUGAAUUCAAUUCAUCUAUCUUCCAAACAGCCUUGAUAAUUGGUGAGAAUGUAAGGAGAAGGCUGAUAGGUUGUAUACUAGUUCAAAGGGAGGGUGCAGGAAAUGUUGAGGCCAAUGCCAGCUCUCUUUCACAGCUUGCUUUACUCGAAGGGACAAUUGCUGAAGCUGCAAUGGGCCUAAGCGAGGUAUUGAUGAAAGCUGCAUCCUACAGAGUGAUAUGUGUACUGGUUGGUGGCAGGUGUUAGUUGAUCUGAUUAUUACAGAUCUUAAAACUUCAGAUAAAACUGUGGUAUCAACUGAUAUUGAUUCAGCCAGUAUGAUCCCAAGUCUAUUACGCAGGGAUUGUGAGAGGGGAAGCAAACAGAUUCUGAUAUUAAUGAAUUCUGGGGCCACUCUUAAUCUCAUAUCUCAGAAAUUGAUAGAGGUGGUACAAAAGUACUAUAAAGCAGCAGUAAUGUUUCAAGCCAAGAUGGGGAAAGGAGAGCAUAUAUCACUCCAGAGCAGUUGUGAGGUACUACAGAUUUGGGUACACCAUCUAGUGAUGACUGAGGACUCCUAUUUGUUAGAUCUUGGAGAGAUUAAUGUGAUUCUGGGAAUGGGACCACUAGCCAAUCAUGGAAAUGCAGAGAAAAUUUUCAGUAAACACAGCAUAAAAUGGUUGGGAGAGGGGCAGUAUGCAACAAAGUCAUUGUCUCUAUUCUUUCUUGCUAUGCUCUUUCGGGCUAUGAAAGGAGUGACCAUGAAGGUUGGAAUCAGGAAAGUAUAGGUUCAGAAAUCUGUGAGGUAUUGGGAAGGAAGAGGUGCAAGAAUGAAGUGCAAGUGGAAGAUCAUGGCUGAUUCCUAUCACCCGCCUUGAGGACAAGGUGGUUGUUUAGGGGGGGAGCAAUGAUAGGAAUCUGGGUUUUGUAGGCUAUUAAUAAGAAAUAAUAAUAUUAAUAAUAGUAAAGGUACUUGUAGUAGUUUUAAUAGAAGGGAAGGGGUUAUUAGUAAUAUCUAGCAUAUCCAUAUGUGGGUAUUGGCUAUAAAUAGAAGGGAUAACAACGGGUGAGGCAGACUGUUAUUUUGAUUCGUGUGUUGCCUUGUUGCCUAAGAAGUCCCGGUUGCCUUUGUUGCCUACGUUGAGAUAUUUCCUAUCAAUAAACAUCAUCU